AUGGCGCUAUCAAGAAAUAAGACCCCCUUGCUUCCACAUGUGGCUAGUGAGCGGAGCUGGUCGGCGUCAAGAGCACACCAGCAUAACCAGCACAGCAAGCAAGGGUGCCGGCGUCGGAAAGAAACAGCAUGUGUCGAUAACGAAGAAAUGGCAAUAAAGGACGAGUUGAGAAACAUUGAAGAGGAGUUUGACUACGAAAGAUCGUGUGAAGACGACUGCGAUUCGUACGAUAAAACGCCGUCGCCAAAUAAAAUCGUCAACUUGAAUGAUGAAGAAUACAUGGGGUUUGCGUCGACGCCGCUAAACUCGAACCAGACAUUGUCCUUUCUAUCGCCGAUCAAGAGGCUAAACGAUCUUCAUUUGGAGUCGAGGGUUAUCGACGAUGUGGUUUCGGACGAACAGGGCAACGAGAGAGAUUGCGAGGAUGAUGACCAAAACGAACAAGAUGAUCAAGAUAUACAAAACGAACAAGACGACCCAAAGAGCCACAAUGACCACAUUGACGAGGACAUUUAUGACCAGUACGCAGCAGGGAACAAGACAAUAGCAAACAACUCCGACGACUCCGGAGAUGAACUAGACAUUUCACCUCCAAAGUACAUCAACAUGAAGAAACGACAUCAUCUGAAUUUCGAACCUGUGCGGUUGGUUACUCCUGUCAUGACAGCAGACGCCACUAUCGGCAAGGAGUCGAAAAUGUCCACAUGCCGCACAAUCUCGGGAAGCACUCCUGGGUCAACUGUAAAGUACAGUUUUUCUCCCAACGAUUCGACCCCAUGUCCCAUACAACCGAAAAGAAAGAAGCUUCGAUUUAACCACACUUCCACAAAAAAUAUUCUCGACCUCAACUGCGCCAGAAAAACAUCAGUACAAGACUUAUUUCUGAGACAAGUGUCAGCCGGUAGUCAACUUGACGACGAGUUUGACGAGAAAAACCAUUCCACAUCCUUUGACAAGCGCAACGAUAUGGAAUCGACGCCGAUAUCCCAAUCGACUCCGUCGUCGCUGCGAGCCUCUACACCUCCAUUACCAUUACCUGUGCCGUCACAAGAAUACGGUCCUGCCAUCAAUGGCUACAAGUUUGUUCAAAAAGUACAGCCCAAAUCCUCCCAAUUCAAGUACGAAACUCCCCUCAACUUGAACAGGUACAAUCAUUUGAGAGACUCGUACAAUAGUCGCAAUUACCAAAUCUUGGGAGAGCUACCCAUUACAUCAGCUGGUUUGAUGAAGGAAAGCGAAGAGAAUGUCCAUGUGGGGGACAAGAGGAUUAAAACUCCUGCUUACGAUCCUCUCCACUUGCCGCGAGCGCUGUCAACUUUGGACUUGAAUAUAGAGGCGAUUCGCAACGAGUACCACGGCAGUGCCAUAUGUUUACCGCUAUUACCGCCUCUUUUUGACCAAAAGGACAUUCUUUCAGAAUCACAACUACUACAAGAACUUACUCCGGUCAAGGUAACCCGGUUUUACGAACUUAUACAGGCGGGAUCCAUGAUGGAUUUUUUAAAACUGGAACGGUUCAAGUGGCAUCCUGAUCGAUGGGUGGGCAAAUAUAAAGUCGGCGGCGACACCAAACUGCCGAUUCCAUUGAAGAUUGUUGAGCAAUUGAGUCAAAUCAUAAACGGGUUGAUUGAGCAAUAUGAAGAUGCAUAA